UUAACCAAGGGCUGGAGUGUGUGUGUGAGUCUGUCUGUGUGUGUGUGUGUGUGUGUGUGUGUGUGUGUGUGUGUUCAUGUUAGUUUUUUUAUGUGUUGGAAGAGAAGUGAGCAUUUAAAGGGCUGAUGUUCUUCACGAGACUGUCUGGUGGUUUCUAGGGAGUGUGAUGUGUUCUUCUUGUUGUUCAGGGUGUUUGCAAAGUUGGCCUGCGGUGUCAGAUUAUGAGAGAGGGUUGAUGAGACUGACUGCACAGGUGUAAGGGUUAGAUUCAACAGGUGUGUGUGUGUGCGUAUGUGUGUGUCUGUGUGUAUGAUUUUUGGUGUAUUUUUAAGUCUGUGUGCAUUGCUGUGAACUCUGAGGAUGUCUAACUCCACCAUCAACUUCUACGAACACCCUCAGUCCUUCAGCUUCUCUGAUAUUAUCGUCAUAGCAACCUACUUUCUUCUCAACCUCGCCGUUGGCAUCUGGUCAUCAUGCAGGGUGAGCAGGAAUACUCUGAGCGGGUACUUCUUGGCUGGACGGGACAUGGCCUGGUGGCCGAUUGGAGCGUCUCUCUUUGCCAGUUCAGAAGGCUCCGGUUUGUUCAUUGGUCUGGCUGGGACUGGAGCUGCUGGAGGCAUCGCUGUCGCUGGCUUUGAAUGGAACGCCACUUAUGUGCUGCUGGCUCUGGCCUGGGUAUUUGUGCCUGUCUACAUCUCCUCUGGGAUCGUGACGAUGCCAGAAUACCUGGGCCGUCGUUUCGGAGGAGAGAGGAUCAGAACCUACCUGGCUGUCCUCUCGCUGCUGUUGUCCAUCUUCACAAAGAUAUCAACUGACCUGUACUCUGGAGCCUUGUUUGUUCAGGUUUGUCUGGGGUGGAACCUCUACCUGUCCACCGUCCUCAUGCUGGUGGUCACUGCUUUUUACACUAUUGCAGGUGGUCUUGCUGCUGUCAUCUACACCGACACUCUACAGACAUUUGUCAUGAUUAUAGGAGCAAUCAUCCUAACAAUCACUGCCUUCAACAAGAUUGGCGGCUACAGCAACCUUGAGCAUGUGUACAGCAUGGCGAUACCCAGUAAGAUCAUUCCCAAUAGUACCUGCCACCUGCCACGUCAGGACGCCAUGCACCUCUUCAGAGACGCCGUCACUGGAGACCUGCCCUGGCCCGGCAUGACUCUUGGACUCACCAUACUGGCCACCUGGUACUGGUGCUCUGACCAGGUGAUUGUGCAACGGUCCCUAUCUGCCAAAAACAUGAGUCAUGUGAAAGGAGCCUCAAUCCUGGCUUCAUAUCUGAAGAUGCUGCCCUUCAUCUUCAUCAUCCUCCCAGGCAUGAUCAGCCGAGUUCUCUAUCCAGACUCUGUAGGAUGUGUGGAUCCAGAGGAAUGUGUGCGAGUGUGUGGAGCUGAAGUGGGUUGCUCCAACAUUGCCUUUCCCAAACUGGUCAUUGAACUCAUGCCAAGCGGCUUGCGUGGACUUAUGAUAGCGGUGAUGAUGGCUGCUCUGAUGUCAUCUUUGACCUCCAUCUUUAACAGCAGCUCCACGCUCUUCACCAUGGACAUCUGGAAGAAACAUCGCCCACGGGCCUCGGAGAAAGAGCUGCUCCUGGUCGGCAGGAUCGUGACUGUGAUCUUGGUGGUGGUGAGUGUGGUGUGGAUCCCCAUCCUACAGUCGGCCAAUAGCGGCCAGCUGUACGUCUACAUCCAGUCAGUGACCAGCUACCUCGCUCCGCCCGUCACUGCUGUCUUCACUCUGGCUGUUUUCUGGACGAGAACCAACGAGCAGGGUGCAUUCUGGGGCCUGAUGGUGGGUUUGGUGGUGGGUGUGUGUCGGAUGGUGCUGGAGUUUGCCUUCCCACCUCCCAGAUGUGGCGUUGUGGACUCGGCCCCUGCAGUGCUGCGCAGUGUCCACUACCUCCAUUUCGCCAUUCUGCUCUGUGGCCUCACUAGUAUCGUGGUUACUGUGGUAUCACUGCUCACACCGCCGCCCACCCACGAACAGGUGUGUAACCUGACCUACUGGACUCUGACUGAAGAGCCUCAAAGAGAAAUUCCUCUACAGAAAGUGUCCUCUGUCAGCCACCGUAGCUCCCAGGGCUCUGAGCCAACGCGGCGGGGGACAUGUGGUCACGGGGCAGGAUUGUGCAUCUCAGCAGCGCGGCGAUCAGAAGAGCCUCCAACUCCCAGAGUUCUCAGCGUUAGAGAGAGCGUGUUCUGGUCCAGGUUCUGCUGCGCCAAUGCGAUCCUGCUGGUCAGCAUUAACAUUUUUCUCUAUGCAUACUUUGCCUGAGUAGGGGAUCGGAUUUAACAUCCUGCCUCGCCCUCCUGCUGAACUCCUGCCAGUCUCUCAAACAUGAACUUGAAACUCUUCCUGCCUCUCCAGAUCCAACAUGGGGGGGAAACAUACUGUUGUUGUUGUACUGAUUGUUACAAGAAUCCUUUCAAAUCAAGGGACUGUAUUGUAUUUUAUUGCUUCAGGUUAAAAUCACAUUUCAAUCUCGACAGUAAUAAGAGAGACAUAGCUCCACCAAGGCUGCACAAACCUCUAAAUAUAUUAUUUUGUUAAAAGACAAUCUUGAGAAUUGUUUUAAUCUGCAUCUGCUUCCACAUAAUUGUGUAAAAUUACACAUAAUGACAGAUAAUCAUUGGAUACACAUGGAAGAGUUUUGAAGAGUGCAAAAGGUCACAACAAAAAGGAUAAAUGUUUAAAAAUCCUCCAUUUCGAAGUCCUGAGCAGCUCUGGCUGUGCUCGGUGUUCCCUUAUAAAACCACUUUAUCAGACAGUAUUCCCGCACAUGUGCUUUUCAUGUUAUGAUUUUUACCACCACCCCACUACUAUGUUUAUUAGUUUCUUCAUAAAACCUUCCCAUCCUGUUUGUUGUUAACCUAGUUUUAAAGUUUCAGAAGGGUUAUUGUUCAAAUAGCAAUGAAGCUUGUGGCUUGUAACAAGCUAACAUGAGUGUGCAGUUAGUGUUAGAUAAACAAUGACAUCUGAAUAAAACAGCAUCACACUUCAUCUUAUAUCAAAGCUUAUAAAAAUAUAUAGUAAGAUUAUAUAGUGAGAAUAUAUUUAAGUGUUCUAAGUUGUGUGUCUUGUAUAAUUGUAUUUCCUUUUUGUCUAUAUGCUUAAUGGUAAUUAUAUAGUGAUGUUUGUGACUUUAUGUCUGUAAAUCAAAGUUUUAUGAACCUUCAGUUAUUGUUUGCGUGUUCUUUCAGCUUGUUUAUGAAUAAACAUCAGAAUAUCUCAACCUUUUCUGCUCCAUAUGCAAAUGAUAUAGAACCAAUGAGAAGUUUUACAAUUAUUAUUACAAAUAUAUCAGACAAAUUACAAUUUAUCAGUUUUGCAAAUUGGCUAUGAGUCAUUUCUACUUAACAACAGACUCCCACAAGGGGCAUGAACUCCAAGGUUGAGAAACUCUGUGUCUAUGUCUAUAUAACUCUAAAAUGUCCAUGUUGCUGUGUAUUCAAUUCUUUUUUUUAUUGGUGAAAUUCAUUAAGUAUUGAGAAUUACUGGUUGUUGGAUGUAAAGAACCUCAUGUCAGUCAAAAAUAGACAAAUAUCUUGAUAACUUGUCCAUUAAAUGUUUUUCUCUUGUGAUUUCUUCAAAUAAAUGUAUAGAUAUGUGCAUCAAA